AUGUCCAGGCUGAGCGAAGACGAGGAGCAGUGGCCCCAGAACUGGGUUUCGACAGAAAGGUCAUUACGGUCGCUUCUGUCCAAGCAGGUCUGGAAAGAACUGCCUGAACGCCGAGACUGUACUGCUCCAAUCAACGGAAACGGAGAGGCUGAGAACGAGAAAGGGGAGAAGGAAGACGGGAAGGAAGAAGAGGAUGAUGGUGAUGGUGAUGGUGACGAUAACGACGAGGACGAGGGUGAGGAAGAUGGUGAAAGAACCAAGCUCCACGAGAGACGAGGCGCAGAUCAGGCCAGGGAAACAGAGAUGGAAGCCAACUCCAACUCCGACCCCCAAGAGGCGCACCCAGCAACUGUGUGCACCGCGGGCUCGAACCACGGGGGCGAUAGGUGUGGCGGCAUCAAGAACGCCAUCUCGAACCACUCCGUCUGGCCUUUCCACUUGCCCUUCUCGCAGGCGGUGAAGGCCGGCCACCAGAGUAGUCGCGAAGGCGACACCUGCCAGGGAGAAAGGCGCCACUAUGGUCAGCAGGCAUAUCCAAGGGGGCAUGAACCGGACUCUCAGAAAGUGGAGGAGGAGACAGGCGUUUUCAGCCUCGAGGAGAUUGGCGAAUGUCUGGAGCAUAUGAAGCGAGAGCGGCGCAAGAAGCAGAGGGAGCACGGGAUGGGGCAAUGCAAUGAAUGA